AUACAUACAGACUCUUUAUAAAAUAGUAGUAGACUGAAACACGAAACAUUCAUGCUCACAACCGCUCUCAAGAAAAGAGCGGAAUAGCCAGCCAGUCAACAAACUGAGCUGAGGUGAGAUAAGAUUACACAAAAAUGAUGGGAUAUUAUUACUAGUUGCCAAAACGCCGUCGUAGCAGCAGCGUCUUUUCGUCUCCGGUUCACUCCUGCGCCGACGACGCCGACAACCGGAAGCGAUCCGGACUGGAGACGUGUCAUUUGGCGGGAGAAUGGAGACGCCGCUGCUUAACGGCUCCUCCGGUGACACCGACCUGAUCGGCGACGACGGAGACUACCGGCCGGUGAAAGGCUACAGACAGAUGAGGAGGGUGUUCUGGAUUGAGACGGUGAAGCUGUGGAAGAUCGCCGGUCCGAUAGUGUUCAAUAUACUUUGUCAGUACGGAACUAACUCAGUGACUACCAUAUUUGUGGGCCAUCUCGGAAAUAUUGAGCUGUCGUCCGUAGCUAUUGCUCUCUCUGUCAUCGGUACCUUCUCCUUCGGUUUUCUGCUUGGCAUGGGGAGUGCACUUGAGACACUAUGUGGUCAAGCAUUUGGCGCCGGACAAGUUUACUUGCUUGGCGUUUACAUGCAACGCUCAUGGAUUAUCCUCUGGGUCACCUGCAUCAUUCUCUUGCCCAUCUACUUCUUCACUACCCCAAUACUAAAGCUCCUCGGUCAAGAAGAUGAUAUUGCCGAUCUUGCCGGAACCUUCACCAUCAAAAUCAUCCCCCAAUUGUUCGCACUUGCUAUCAUUUUCCCCGCCCAAAAGUUCCUUCAGGCACAGAGCAAAGUUAGUGUGAUUGCGUGGAUCGGUUUUGUGGCACUGCUCAUACAUGUUGGAUUCCUUUGGCUAUUCAUUUAUGUAAUAGGCUGGGGUACUAAUGGUGCUGCUCUGGCAUUCGACCUCUCGAGUUGGAUAACUGCAAUAUCUCAAGUUAUUUACGUUGUAGGUUGGUGCAAUGAAGGGUGGAAAGGACUGUCAUGGUUGGCAUUCAAGGAGAUAUGGUCUUUUGUUCGGCUUUCCCUCGAAUCGGCUAUAAUGCUGUGCCUAGAGGUGUGGUAUAUGAUGAGUAUAAUUAUCCUUACCGGCCAUCUUGAGAAUCCAGUGAUUGCAGUUGGAUCCCUUUCUAUUUGCAUGAACCUUAAUGGGUGGGAAUUCAUGGUGUUCCUUGGAAUAAAUGCUGCUAUAAGUGUUCGGGUUUCCAAUGAGCUUGGAUUGGGACAUUCUAGAGCCGUCAAAUACUCUGUCUAUGUCACAAUCGUCCAGUCUCUCCUCAUUGGGCUAGUCUGCAUGGUUGUUGUCAUGGGCGCUAGAGACUAUUUUGCCAUCAUUUUCACAAGCAGCAAGGUCCUGCAACAAGCAGUUGCUAAACUUGCAUACCUUCUUGGCAUCACUAUGGUUGUCAACAGUGUCCAGCCAGUGAUCUCAGGCGUUGCUGUUGGAGGUGGAUGGCAAGCUUUGGUGGCUUAUAUAAACUUGGGAUGUUAUUACGUUUUUGGGCUCCCUCUAGGAUUCCUUCUCGGUUACAAAGCAGAUAUGGGAGUGAUGGGAAUUUGGCUGGGCAUGAUAUCGGGAACUGCUCUGCAGACAGUGUUCCUUCUGAUUAUAGUUUACAAAACCAACUGGAACAAGGAGGUGGAGCAGACGACAGAUAGGAUGAGAAAAUGGGGAGGGCAAGACAUUGAAACCGAGAAGAUAGCCGAUAAUAUAUGAAAGGAGGGAGAGUGGAAGACAAUGCAACUAAGAAGUGUAGCUGAUAAAGAGGAAAUCAGCUUUUGAUGGCAAAUCCUUACAAUUUUCAUUGUCUUUCUGGUUUUUGUUUCCUCGUGUAAUGCUUUUGUAUGCCAUUGUACUUUUUGCAUUUUCAACUAGUUGGCAAUUUUGAGCUAACCUUCCUUAGAAACCUCUGGUUCUUCUUUGAUUCUCUUGCAACUAUAAAUAAUGGGUGAGGCUUGAUUUAUAAUAUAAAUUAAUAGAUUAUUAGUUUUUCUCA